AUCAGUGAAUAAUUCGGUCAAAAUAGCGUAUGGACAAGGUGGUUCGGUCCUUUGAGUCUUAUAUGCACCAAAUCAAUAAUUCGGUCGAAUUUAUUUUAUACGAUUAGUCUCAUCACAACAUUAAAAUGCCGAAAGGCAAGACGAGGAGAUUUAUUGACAAAAAGAAUUCGGUUACCUUUCACCUGGUACAUCGUUCACAAAAAGAUCCGUUAGUAGCAGAUGAAACCGCUCCACAGAGAGUUCUUGUACCAGUUAGUGGCAAGCAAUCAACUGUAACAGAUACAAAGAUAGACAGUGAGAAGCGUAAAGAAGAGCAACGGAAGUAUGGUAUCUACUUUGAUGAUGACUACAAUUACUUACAACAUCUUAAAGAUGUCAAAAAGCUGGAUGUUGAUUGGAUACCUGUUGAGAAUCAAUCCAAAUGUGACAAGAAUGCUCCAAAAAUUAACUUGCCAUCUUCUGUAUUUGCCUCGAAUGUGGAGGAAAAAGUUGGUAUGCUCAACAAAGCAGCUCCAGUUUCUGGACCACGAUUGGAUCUUGAUCCAGACAUAGUUGCUGCUAUGGAUGAAGAUUUUAAUUAUGAUGACCCUGAGAAUCAAUUGGAAGAUAAUUUCAUAGAACUGGCUAAUGCUGAUUCAAGUGAUGCUGAAAGUUCUGAUAGAGAAUAUGAAUAUGAAUUAAAUGAGUCUGACAAGGAUCAUAUGGGUCUUUCGGAUGAAGAAGCAGAUGAAGUGGGUGGUUUACCACGAUAUACUUUUAAAGAAGAAGAAACAAAAUCACGAUUUACAGAAUAUUCUAUGAGCAGCAGUGUGAUAAGAAGGAACUCACAACUUACAUUAUUAGAUGAAAAAUUUGAGGAGAUGUACGCUACAUACAAUGACAGUGAAAUUGGCUCUUUAGAUUUUGAUGAAAUAGAAGGACAUGUCGAGCAUAAUUCGGAUCUUCUUAUACAAUAUGCUACAGAAUUUGAAAAAAAGAAAAACGAAGAUACGGAAAAUAUCGCGGAGCUUCUGAAAAAUAGAAUGAAAAUUAUAGAAAAGGAAUAUUCGAGUUCUGGAGAAGAUGAUUUAGAAAGGCUAGUUGUUGAUGCGCGUGAGAAAAACAAAUGGGAUUGUGAGAGUAUUCUUAGCACGUAUAGUAACAUUUAUAAUCAUCCUAAAUUAAUUAAAGAGCCGCCAAAGCGUCCACAGAAGAUUGAAAUUGAUCGAAAAACUGGCAUUCCAAAAAAUAUAUUAGGCAAACAUAAAUUAACAGCUGCGGCAUUAGCCCAAUUUGAUUUGGAAAAUUGUGUAGCAAAAGGCCCACAGUCCGUGGCAGAGAGCAGGAGAUCUACUGUAAGUGUUCUAAGCAUAAGACCCAAAGAAGAAACUCCCGAAGAGAGAAAAGAAAGGAAGAAGUUACUCAAAGAAUACAGAAAAGAAAGGAGAAUGGAACGGAAAGCAAAUAUUGAAGCAUUUAAAGAGGAAAAGAAACGCCAAGAAAAAGUCAGACUGAACAACCGACGAAAUAUUCAAGGACAGCAUAUAAUAUAAAUUUUAAAGAAUAUAUAUGUGUAAUUAAAAAUAAUCUUUACAGAUUCAAUAUUUCUUUCAUCUUAUGUGCAGAACAAAUCAUGUGUUUUACAUAAACUACUAAAUAUAUUUCUAUAUUGUAUUAUAAAUAUUUUACUAAAUCUGUCAUUUUUUGAUAUUAGAAAUAUAUGUAUAAUAUGUACAUAUAAAAAAACAUCCUAUCACACAUUUAAAUUUUUUCUGGUUUUUGAUCAAAUGAAAUUGGUUUAUAUUCGAACUGUUUUGUUAGAUCGAGAUUGAUUGAAAUCACGAGUUUGCGCUUGUUUUGACAAUUUUAAGAUCUGUCACAAAUUUGACAGCGACCGUUUUCGUUGUUAUAAAAAUUAUUGCAACAAAAUUCGUCACUUAGAAAGCACUCGCUCACUCGUAACAUUAAAAAUUGCCUUUUGAUUUUUCACGUUUGAGGCUUUGAAGCAUCGACGAAUUUUCUCGCGACAUCACACGGAAUAACGGAACACGAGAGCAACCACGUGAGAGCACGAGACGCACAGAGCGCCGUGUAUUUUAAGGCGGGGCAGAGGGCGGAAGUUCCAAAGUCAUAUGAUCGAUUCGUUAUAACUCUCUGUUCUUGACUCGUUCGUCGCAAAGAUGGCCAGCCAGACGCAGGGUAUCCAGCAGCUUCUGGCCGCUGAAAAGCGCGCCGCGGAGAAGGUGUCGGACGCCAGGAAACG